CUCAGAGCCUCCCCUCAGGAUGAGUCCCCAUGCGGAGCUGGUGAGCCGCCUGCGGGCAGCCUGGCUCUCGGGGAAGACGCGGCCCACGGAGUACCGCCUGGCUCAGCUGGAGGCUCUGGGACGCUUCUUGGAUGAGAAGAAGCAGGACAUCCUGGAGGCCACCGCCGCAGACAUGCGCAAGCCGCCCUUUGAAGUGGAGGUCUCCGAGCUCUCCAUUUGCAGGAGCGAGCUCAACCACACGCUCAACAACCUGGGUGCCUGGAUGAAGGACAAGCAUGUGGAGAAGAACUGGGCAACGCAACUGGACUCAGCCUUCAUUCGCAAGGACCCCUACGGGGUGGUGCUCAUCAUUGGGCCCUGGAACUACCCCAUCAACCUCCUCCUGGUGCCCCUCAUCGGGGCCAUCGCUGCUGGUAACUGCGUUGUCAUGAAACCCUCUGAAAUCACCAGGAACGUGGAAAGAUUAGUGGCCGAGACGCUGCCCAGGUACCUGGAUGAGGACUGCUUUGCCGUGGUGACCGCUGGUGUGGAGGAGACCACCAGACUGCUGGAGAAUAAGUUCGACUAUAUUUUUUUUACCGGCAGCUCCUCUGUGGGGAGGAUCGUGAUGACAGCCGCUGCCAAGCACCUGACGCCCGUGACGCUGGAGCUGGGGGGCAAGAACCCCUGCUACGUGUCUGACUCCUGCGAUGUGCAGAACGUGGCCCGGCGGGUGGCCUGGGGCCGCUUUUUCAACGCGGGGCAGACCUGCGUGGCACCCGACUAUGUGCUGUGCAGUGCAGAAAUGCAGGAGAAGCUGCUGCCCGCCCUGCGCGAGGUCAUCACCGAGUUUUACGGCCCCAACCCUCGGGAGUCCCCCGACUUUGGCCGCAUCGUGGGGGACAGGCAGUUCCAGCGCGUGCAGGCACUGCUGCACAGCGGGCACACAGCCAUUGGAGGACAGACAGACGCAGAGGAGCGCUACAUCGGUGAGGGACCGGGGCGUACCGCUGGCGGGAGGGGAGAAUUGCAGGGUGGGGGUCCCACUAGAUGCGGUCCACGACACCCAGCCAGGCAGCCCAGCCUCAGCUCUCUCCCCACAGCCCCCACGGUGCUGGUGGAGGUGCAGCAGGACGACCCCGUCAUGCAGGAGGAAAUCUUUGGGCCCAUCCUGCCCAUCGUCACGGUGGCCAGUGUGGACGAUGCCAUUGCUUUCAUCAAUGCCCGAGAGCGGCCGUUGGUCCUCUAUGUCUUCUCCUCCCGCAAGGAGGUGGUGAAACGGGUGCUGGAACGGACAAGCAGCGGCGGCUUCUGUGCCAACGACACCAUCAUGCACAUGACGAUCCCCUCCCUGCCCUUCGGUGGCAUCGGGCAGAGCGGCCUAGGCCGUUACCACGGUCGUUCCAGCUUCGAAACCUUCUCGCACCAGCGGUCCGCGCUGCUUCGUGGGGCCGGCCGGGAGAGCCUCAACACCCCGCGUUACCCACCCUACGCCCCGCACCGCCUCCCGCUGCUCCGCGCCGCCACCGAGACCAAGCGCCGGGCCACCUGCCUCCUCCUCUGAGCCCCGCCGCCGCCAUCAUAAACACCCCUUUCCG